UCUUGACGGGAACGCACCGCCUCCGCUGACAAUCUACUACGAACGAACGAACGCACUCACGGGCUGACCCAAGUAUUGCCACAGACAGUCGCUCCACCAGUCGAAAUUCCAGGCAGGAAGUUGUCUUUGGGAGAAAGCAACCGUUCGAACGUGGAGCAGGAUUUCGUUUUUGUAAUAACCGCUCAACGUGUUUGGGGACCUAACUGGGCAAUCGAGUGGAAUAAACCUUACCGUGGCGAAUAUGGACUAAUGUUGGCUUCGCUCCAUGGAGGCGGCGAGAACUUUUGUGCUUCUCUGGGUUCUGAUUUUUGGAGUUCACCGAGUGGCUGCCAAAGUAUGCCUGGGCACGGACAUGAAACUUUCUCAGCUUUCGAGCGAGGAUAACCACUAUGAGAUCCUGAGGCUGCUCUACACCGACUGCAGGAUCAUCCACGGCAACCUGGAGAUCACACACCUGCACGGAGAGCCAGACCUCACCUUCCUACAGAGUAUUGUGGAGGUGCAAGGCUAUGUCCUGGUGCAUAACGUGUCGGUGACUCUGGUUCCGCUGGACGGCCUACGCAUCAUCAGGGGCAGUCAGCUCUUUAACUCCAGCUACUCUCUGGCCGUGCUGGAUAGCACGCUCAACACACUACGACUACGCAGCCUCACGGAGAUCCUUUUGGGGGGCGUGGUCAUCCAGCGGAACCCCAACCUCUGUUACCCUCAGAGCAUCAACUGGGAGGACACACUGGACAUCAACAAUAAACACCGCAACCAGAGACACGUGCAACCGCCACCUGCCAGCUGUCUUGGAUGCUCUGGACUCUGUUAUUCAAAAGCAGGAUGCUGGGGAGGCCUACCAGAGGACUGUCAGCUAUUGACCCAUGUGGACUGUGUGGCUGGGUGUUCGCGGUGUAAGGGUAACCACCCCAAUGACUGCUGCCACACACAGUGUGCAGCCGGCUGCACCGGACCCAAAGACACAGACUGCUUGGUGUGUCGCCACUUUAAUAAUGACGGCACGUGUAAGGAGGGCUGUCCCCCUCCCAUGAUCUACAACCCCAUCACCUACCAGUCGGAGCCCAACCCCAACAAGAGACUCAGCUUCGGGGCUACCUGUGUCAAGACAUGCCCUCAUAACUACCUGGCGAUGGACAGUGCGUGUACCCUGGUGUGUCCCAAGGAGAACCAGGAAGUCAUCGUGGUGCAGGAUGGAGUGGAGAUGCAGAAGUGUGACAAGUGUGAACCCUGCCGCAAAGCGGAGUGCAGUGCGUUGGGUAUGGGUGCCCUCCAGGGGGUGUCUUCUGUCAACUCUUCCAACAUCCACCUCUUCUCCGGCUGCAAGAAGAUCUACGGCAGCCUGGCCUUCCUCAGCCAGUCCUUCCAGGGUGACCCAGUAACCAACACGUCAGGGCUGAAGCCAGAGGACCUGGAAGCCUUCAGAGGCCUGGAGGAGAUCACAGGCUAUCUGUACAUUGAGGACUGGCCUGCAGAGAUGAAGAACCUGAGUGUGUUUGAGAACCUGAAGUUGAUCCGAGGGAGAAUGCUGUACAAGGGUGUCCUUUCUCUUGGUGUGCGUUCUCUGCACAUCGAGUCGCUGGGUCUGCGUUCGCUGAAGCGCGUGACGGGCGGCCUGGUGCUGAUCAACUCGAACCCGGACCUCUGCUACACCCACACCGUGCCCUGGGCCGGCAUCCUCAUGUCCUCACAGAGCGGCAGCAACAGCAUCAUCAACAACGCCAACGCAGACACACAGACCUGCGAUGCUGCAGGUCACCAAUGCCACCCCCUGUGUGGCAGCGAUGGCUGCUGGGGUCCGGGUCCCCAUCAGUGUGUCAAGUGUGUGUCUUUCCAGCGCGGGACGGAGUGUGUGGACCAGUGUAACAUCUUAGAAGGAUCUCAGCGGGAGUUCCUGGAUGGCACCAGCUGUGUUCCAUGCGACCCAGAGUGCCAGCCAAUCAACGGCUCUGCCUCUUGUGACGGACCGGGGGCGCACCAGUGCAGGGAGUGCCAGAACGUGCAGGACGGCCCCACGUGUGUGUCCAAGUGCCCCAGUGGAGUGAAGGUGGAGCAGCGCACGGUGUGGAAAUACCCCAACGCCACCGGACACUGCCUCUCCUGCAACACCAACUGCACGCUCUCGUGCCCAUUGGAUGAACGUGGCUGUCCCACUGCGGUGAAAGCAGGGGCGGGCACAUCCAUCGCAGCGGCCGUGGGAGGCGUACUGCUGUUCCUGAUUCUGCUCGGCCUGCUAGUGUUCUACAUGCGCCGCCAGAGGCACCUGAAGAGGAAAGAGACCAUGCGCCGCCAGAGGCAGGAGCACGAGCUGGUGGAGCCCCUGACCCCCAGUGGAGCGACACCUAACCAGGCCCAGAUGCGCAUCCUCAAGGAGACCGAGCUCAAGAAAGUCAGGAUACUCGGAUCGGGAGCCUUCGGAACUGUCUACAAGGGUAUCUGGGCUCCCGAGGGAGAGAAUGUGAAGAUUAAAGUCGCCAUCAAGGUCUUGCGUGAGAACACGUCCCCCAAAGCCAACAAGGAGAUCCUGGACGAGGCGUACGUGAUGGCGGGUGUCCAGAGUCCGUAUGUGUGCCGGCUGCUGGGUAUCUGCCUGACGUCCACGGUGCAGCUGGUCACCCAGCUGAUGCCCUACGGCUGCCUGCUGGAGUACGUCCGGGAGAACCACGAGCUCAUCGGCUCACAGUCACUACUCACCUGGUGUGUGCAGAUCGCCAAGGGCAUGAGUUACCUGGAGGACGUGCGUCUGGUGCAUAGAGACCUGGCGGCCCGUAACGUCCUGGUGAAGAGCCCCUCCAUCGUCAAGAUCACAGACUUCGGUCUGGCCAGGUUACUGGACAUCGACGAGACUGAGUACCACGCAGACGGAGGAAAGGUUCCCAUUAAGUGGAUGGCACUGGAGUCCAUAACGCACAGGAAGUUUACACACCAGAGUGACGUCUGGAGCUACGGUGUGACCGUAUGGGAACUGAUGACGUUUGGAGCUAAGCCGUAUGACCUCAUCCCAGCGAGGGACAUCCCAGAGCUCCUGGAGGGGGGCGACCGCCUGCCCCAGCCCCCAAUAUGCACCAAGGAGUUCUACAUGAUCAUGGUCAACUGUUGGAAGAUUGAUCCUGAGAGCAGGCCUAAGUUUAAGGAGCUGGUGACGGAGUUCAGUACAAUGGCCAAUGACCCGUCACGAUACGUGGUCAUUCAGAAUGACGAGGCGAUUAACCUGGCGCCGGUGGACAGCCGCUUCUACCGUCAGCUGGUGGAGGAGGACGGGGCCCACGCCAGAGACCUGCUGGAUGCAGAGGAGUACCUGGUGCCUCAGCCCGGCUUCUUCAGGCCGCAGGGGGACGGGGCAGCCGCCAACGGACCCAGCCGACACCACUCACACCGGAGCACGGACCAGCAGCUGAUGGAGAUGGAAAGCGUGGCCGGCGGCGGUGGGCGGAGCAUGUACUCGUCCAAUAGCACGCUAGCACGCAGCCAGUACCCCACGCUCCCCAUGGGCGCCACCAUGUCCCCAGGAGGAGGAGGGGGUGCUAGCGUGGGGUGGGGCGGUCCGUACCCCUCCCUGGCCCGCAGCAUGUCCCACCGCUCACAGGGAGCCCAGUCCGACUCGGUGUUCCUGGACGCAGGUGGAGGUGGUGGGUUUGACGGGGUGGAUGGAGACGGGCCUCCGGGGAGCCCUACACGCUACUGCCAGGACCCCACCGGCAUGAUGAUGGAUGGGGACAUCGAGACGGACGGAGGUGGAGGAGGGUACGGAGGAGGAAGUUAUGGAGGCUCUGCGUUCUCAAACACGCUGCCGCGCAGCAGGACCCACAAGCAGCCAGAGUACGUCAACCAGGAAGUGACGUGCGAGCGUCCGAGCACGCUGCCCCGCAAGGGCGCCGCCGAGCGCCAGCGGCUCCGCAACGGCAUGACGUCGGGCCACAGCGUGGACAACCCCGAGUACCUGUCGCCGACCAAUAACAGCCCCCUCUCGCCCCUGGCCUCGCCCCCGCACCCGCCCCAGCCGGACGCCUUCGACAACCCCUACUACCUGGACCUGGACGCUAAGGCCACCGCGGUGGCCGCCGCCAACAACCAGCGGAACAACCACCACCUGGUCAUCACGCCCCCUGGUGUUGGUGUUGGGGGUGGCAUGUCUCAGCCCCACAGGCACCUGAAUGGCUUCGUCACGCCCACCGCGGAGAACCCGGAAUACCUGGGGCUGGCGGACACCUGGAGCGGCCAGAAGGAGCAGCACACCUGAGGGAGAGGAGGAGGAAGAGACGCCUGAGGAGGGGAGGGGGGGGGGGGGGGGGGGACUGAUGGACACGAGGCGUCAGGGACGUUUUGGGCCCUAUGUAUAAUCAGCUCCAAUGGACCCCUCCCACCCAUGUAUCUUCAUAAAUCGGACUGUGUGGGCCCUGUGUGGGCCCUGGUGACUGGGUCACGCUUUACCCCCCUGAACGUCACCACUGCAAGGGGUCCAUUUCAACCGAGCUCCUCCCCUCCUCUCCUUUUGUGCGUGUGGCCUUGUGGCUUUGCCGACGAUCCGCCUCCGUGGAGAAAAUACUAAAUAAGUUUCCCCGCUGUCAGCUUAGGCAGAGCGACUUUUGGGACGCGAUUGAACCCAUUGCAAAUGAGAGAAUGUCCUUUGAAUUGUGCUUUUUUUUUACGAGAUAUUGAAUGAAGCUUC